UGCAGCUGAUGGCAGAAGAAUUAAUAUCUUGUUUUUCGAGGAAACAGAUGAUAUCUUUUACUGUUUACAUUAUUGGAAAAAUAUCUUUUACAGUUUAUGAUAACAUUUGGAUUGCAUAUGUAGUUUGCAUUAUCUUGAAUCAUAACAAGAAGUUUUUGUUCUUUGAUCAUCUUUACCAGAUAUUACUACAACAAGAGGACAAGGCAAUCUAGUUGGGAGAAACCAUUGGAACUGAUGUCACCUAUUGAGAGGGCUGAUGCAUCAACUGUUUGGAAAGAAUUCACAUCUUCAGAUGGAAGAAAGUAUUAUUACAAGGUUACUCAGCAAUCAACAUGGUCAAUACCAGAGGAACUUAAGUUGGCUCGUGAAUUGGCGCUGAAAGCUGCCAACCAGGGAAUGCAGUUAGAAACAAGUGAUACAUCCAAUACUGCUGUUUCAUCUGCUGCACCAUCAACAGUGACAAAUACUGCUAGCUCAAACACUCCUUUGACAUCAGAUGGGCUUUCUUCAAGUCCAGCUUCUGUCACACCAAUUGCAUCAUCAACUGGUCCUCAGCAGUUGGUUUCUGGAUUAUCAAGUACCACUGGGACUGAACUGAGUACUGUGGUAACUGCGUCUACGGCAGUAGCUGGACCUGCAAAUCCUCUUGACACCACUACACCGUCCAGUGUUGAAAAUCAAGCAUCUCAGGAUUUUGCUGCAUCUACCGGUGGAGCUUCUGUUCAAGAUAUAGAGGAAACCAAAAAAGGAGUGCCAGUUGCUGGAAAAGUUAAUGUGACUCUGCCGGAGGAGAAAGCAAAUGAUAAAGAAACCUUUGCAUAUGCAAAUAAGAUGGAAGCAAAAAUUGCAUUUAAGGCACUAUUGGAGUCUGCUAAUGUUCAGUCUGAUUGGACAUGGGAACAGGCGAUGAGAGAAAUAAUCAAUGACAAAAGAUACAAUGCUCUAAAAACACUUGGUGAGCGGAAACAAGCUUUUAAUGAGUAUUUGGGCCAAAGGAAGAAGCUAGAGGCUGAAGAGAGACGCAUGAAGCAGAAAAAAGCUCGAGAAGAAUUCACAAAGAUGUUGGAAGAGUGCAAGGAGCUAACUUCAUCCAUGAGAUGGAGCAAAGCAAUCAAUAUGUUUGAAAAUGAUGAGCGGUUCAAUGCUGUUGACAAAAUGAGGGACAGGGAAGAUUUAUUUGAGAGCUACAUGGUGGAACUCGAGAGAAAGGAAAAGGAAAAUGCUGCUGAGGAACACAGACGGAAUUUAGCAGAAUACAGGAAAUUCUUGGAGUCAUGUGAUUAUGUGAAGGUUCACAGUCCAUGGCGAAAAGUCCAAGAUCGGUUAGAGGACAAUGAUAGAUAUUUACGGCUUGAAAAAAUUGACCGCUUGCUUGUUUUCCAGGACUAUAUUCGUGAAUUGGAAAAGGAAGAAGAGGAGCAAAAACGAGUACAGAAGGAGCAAGUUCGUCGUGGUGAAAGGAAAAAUCGUGAUGCAUUCCGCAAGUUGUUGGAAGAACAUGUUGCUGCUGGAAUUCUUAAUGCUAAAACUCAAUGGAGAGAAUACUGCUUGAAGGUUAGGGAUUUGCCUCAAUAUCAAGCUGUCGCAUCAAACACAUCUGGUUCCACUCCUAAGGAUUUGUUUGAGGAUGUAGUAGAAGAUCUUGAAAAUCAGUACCAUGAAGACAAGACACUGGUAAAAGAUAUAAUUAAGUCAGGCAAGUCGAUCACUGUAGUGUCCACUUCGGUGUUUGAGGAAUUCAAGGCUGCUAUCUUGGAAGAAGGUAGUUGCGAAACAAUAUCAGAGAUCAAUUUGAAGCUUAUAUUCGAAGACUUGUUAGAGAGAGCUAAAGAGAAAGAGGAGAAAGAAGCUAAGAAGCGCCAGCGCCUUGCUGAUGACUUAACUAACCUGUUAUAUACAUUCAAGGAUAUUACUACAUCUGCAACUUGGGAGGAUUGCAAGCCACUUGUUGAGGAGACACAAGAGUACAGAUCAAUGGGGGAUGAAAACUACAGUAGAGAAGUAUUUGAGGAGUACAUUACAUACCUAAAGGAAAAAGCUAAAGAGAAGGAACGCAAGCGUGAAGAGGAAAAGGCCAGAAAGGAGAAAGAGAGAGAAGAGAAAGAGAAACGGAAGGAGAAGGAAAAGGAAAAAAAAGAGAAGGAUAGAGAACGCGAGAAAGAAAAGUCUAAAGAUCGGCAUAAGAAGGACGACACAGAUAGUGAAAACCAAGAUAUUGAAAGCCAUGGUUUCAAGGAAGAGAAGAAAAAAGACAAAGAUAAGAAGGAAAGGAAACACAGGAAGAGGCGACACAGCAGUGUAGAGGACGUGGAUUCCGAGAGGGAUGAAAAAGAAGAGUCUAAGAAAUCACGAAAGCACGGCAGCGACCGAAAGAAAUCUCGAAAGCAUGCAAACUCUCCAGAAUCAGACAAUGAAACCCGGCAUAGAAGACACAAGAGGGAGCACCGUGAUGGUUCCCGGAAAACCGGGGGCCAUGAAGAACUUGAAGACGGGGAACUCGGUGAUGAUGCAGAGAUUUAGACGCUAGGUUGCUAACCUUUUUGCAGUUAUGAGAUUCAGAACUUUGCCUGCAUCCUUUCAAGACUUGGGUUGUCUAAUAUUAGUUUAGUUCUUUUAAACUCCCCUUUUCUUGGGGAACAUUUAUGUUUAGGAUAUUGGACUUAAAAUGUAAAAUAAUUAGAAUCUGUUGGUUCUCCUUGGAUUUAUCAAUUAACAAUAACAUGUCCACUUUGUACGAA